AUGUCACGGAAGAGAGGACGACCACCGAAGAAGGUAUCGUGUUCACCGGAGACACACACAUCAAGCGAGGGUACGACGGAAGCAGCGAUAGAGGGUAUUACGGUGGUGACGGAAGAACUAAGAGAAUUUAUGGUGGAGGACGAGGAGGAGAGUGAAGUUGAUACUGUAAAGAGUACACCAAACCCUAAUCUGGAAGUUCCGAAGGAGAGCGAAAUUGAUAAAACUAUGAAGAGCGACAUGAAACUAUGGGUUGACGUGAUACGUGGAAAUCGUCAAACUGCAAACGGAAAAGUAAUUCAGUUUGUGGUGUCGGCGAUUGUGGAUGGCGUGAAAGAGGUGGAAAUUGAAAUUGAAGAUAUGGAAUCUGAAAUUCGAUAUUGGGAUACUGCGUUAAUCAUGUAUGCCAUUAGAGGGAACCUCAGUAUGCACCCAGUGAAGAACUAUAUGAGGAAGAUGUGGUCAUUUGUGCAGUUUCCAGAGAUAUUCUAUAAUGAAGAGGGCUACUUCAUUCUGAAAUUCAAGACGGAUGAGGAAAGAGAGGAGGUGAUGAUGAAAGGGUUGUAUACGAUUCAUAAUAUGCAUAUGGUGAUAUUGGAAUGGAGACCUGAUCUUUCGAUGGCAAGAGAUAUGCUUCGCAUUGUGCCAAUUUGGGUAACUCUACCUCAGUUGCCACUACAUCUAUGGGGAGAACGAAGCCUGGGGAAAAUUGGCAGUGUUAUUGGCAAUCCCUUGUAUACAGAUGAGUGUACUCCAAGUAAGCUUCGAGUCUCAUAUGCGCGUAUUCUUGUGGAAGUGCAUGUUACACUAUUUAACUUAAAUUGCAGUAAGUAA